UGGAGCCCUGCUCCCUGACUCCCUGGGCCUCAUUGUAUCCUGUCCGCUUUUCUCUGUGGCUUUUGCGUUGCUUCCUGGGUGAGGCCCUUCAUCACUCCCUGAAGCUCAGGUGGCCAGAGGCAGGCUCUGGUGCAGAUCUCUCCCUCACCUGGCCUAGCUCCUGCAGGCGUGAAGGAAUCCCUGUGCGAUGGGACCCCUGGUCCUACUGCUCCUGCAAACUGCUGUCUUGGCGUUUGGGGUCACGUAUCUGCUCUCACGGAAGCGGACGGUUAACCGCAGGUCUCAGAUUCAGACCAAGAAGGAAAUGAAGCCAGCCAAGGGCUGUUUCUGCCUCUUCGGUGGGUGUCCCAGCCAGGGAUUUCCAGGAGUCCCCCUGUCCUCAAGUGGCCUGCCACCUGUGCCUGGACUUGUCCCGGAUCUGGCUUGUUUCUGCCCCAUCCCUUGUUUCCCCAUCCGGUGCAAAGCAUCUGUGCAAUCUGGUGUCUUUGACUUGGGUGCUACACCUUAUGGAAGCUGGGGAGGGACCAAAACCAGACACAGAGCCUCGCAGUUGGGGCUGGAGCCUGGGAAUGCAGGAAGGCCUCUGGACUUUUCUAUCUCAAUUGGUGCCACUUAUGAAGCACACAAAGAGCAGGACCACACACGUGCUCCGGGAAUGGCUUCCGCGGAAUGAAGCGGCCCAUGCCCUUGUUAACGUUGAUGUUUCCAUCUUCAAAGACGAUCUUGCCCUGGCUGAUGACCACUAGUGGCGAGCCGUGGCACUCCAUGCCCUCGAAGAUGUUGUACUCCACUGCCUGCACCAACAGCCUCAGCGUUACUUCCCAGGGUUUGCUCUGCUCCAACCGAGCUGUUCAUAACAGCGAUUUUGCCUAACAUUAUAUCAUAAGCGUGUUCCAAUGUUUUUUUUUUCUCUCUAAAAACACCUUUUAUUGACUGUCUAAUAUUCCACUGUAUGGUCCACAAUGUAUGUAACCAACAGCUCACUGUUGGGCAUGUAGGCUGCUGGUAGCUUUCUAUAAUCAAAUCAAUAUUGUUCUGGGGCAUCACGAACAGAAAGGGGGUCCCCCUGGGGUUAUGCAGUGUGGCUGCUUUGACUAUACUGGACAUAAAAAUAAAUACAAUGUUCUUUGUUUUAUUUAAAAUGUCUCUUUAAAUAAAAUAUUUUUUUCUCUAGGAUAGGUUUCUAAAAUCAAA